UGGACUUUUCUCUCUCCUCCAUGUAUUUAUAUAAACUCAAAUGGAAGGUUUAGCCACAUUGCGGACGCUUUCGGCCGCCGGUGGCACGUAAAAGUUACCAGAUUCCUUCUCUUUUUCGAAAAAUUCAUUUUUAUAAUUCCAAUUCCCGAUUUGCCCCUCGAAGUUCAUCCAUUUAAUUCCUCGACUCUCUCAUUUUUUGUCGGCCGUCCGGCAGCGUUUCGUGUCUCCUCCGGUGUAAUAUAUUCUUGUAGUAUUAUAAUAAAAUAUAAUUAAAUAAUUAAUUAAUUCCUUUUGUUUCUAAUUCCUUUUCGGUUCUCGAGAAUAUAGAAGCUCUGAUUUGCUUCCUUUUUUAUUAUUAUUUUAAAUUUGGAAGAAAACGGUGAGGUAAAAUAAUAAAUAGUGGAAGCUGUGAAAAAAAAUUCAAAAGAAAUAUGUUGUGUAGAAUGGUGAUGCUGCAGCGGAAGAAAAAGAGUGGAACGGUGCCGGUUUACCUGAAUGUGUAUGAUUUAACUCCGAUCAAUGGCUACGCUUACUGGCUCGGUCUCGGGAUCUAUCAUUCCGGCGUUCAAGUUCAUGAUGUUGAAUAUGGAUUUGGAGCCCAUGACCAUUCAAGUACAGGGAUUUUUGAGGUGGAACCAAGGCAAUGUCCUGGUUUUUCUUUUAGAAAAUCCAUCUUGAUUGGAAGAACCGACAUGGAUCCGCAAGAGGUUCGCGCUUUCAUGGAGGGGCUAGCUCAUGAAUAUCCUGGGAAUAGUUAUCAUCUCAUCUCCAGGAACUGUAACCACUUCUGUAAUGAUGUGUGUAUUCAGUUGACCGGGAAAUCUAUUCCUCGUUGGGUUAAUCGGCUUGCUCGUUUAGGAUUUUUUUGCAACUGUGUCUUGCCGGCAGAAUUGAAUCAGACCAAAAUCCGGCAAGUACGAUCAGAAGAUAGUAGACAUAAUCAAUCGGAGAAGAAGAAAUUGAGAAGCCGGUCAAGUAGGUUAUUAUCUUCGUCUAAUUCCAUGGCCUCUCCUUCAGCAGGUUCUGGAAGUACAAGUAAUAGACAAAGAUGUUAUCUUCCUCCACCUAUAGUUCAUGGUAUCUCUACCUCAACAUUGACCAUCAGGCUAUAACUGGUGCAGCUCUAAAAUUCUAGGGAUAUAGGAUUUUUUUUCUUAAAAAACAAAAAAAAUAUCAAGGAAAAAAUUAUAUUUAGUGUUGUCUGAAAACUUUUACAAAUCUAUCAUUUCAGUCUGAGCUUUUAUUUUAGAA